AUUGACCUAAGAGGCCGAAACUACAAAAUCAUCGAGUCAGAGAACUCACAACGCGUAAGUCAACCUCACACACACAGAGCCAGAGCCAGAUAUGGGGGUGACAAAGGAACAAGUGGAAUCUUCAUUGAAGUCAAAGAUGAAUCCUUCACAUCUCGAAGUAAUUGAUACAUCUGGAGGUUGUGGAGCAAGUUUUGCAAUUGAAAUUGUAUCAGAACAAUUUGAAGGGAAGAGGUUGCUGGAGAGGCACCGAUUGGUUAAUGGUGCUCUGGAAGAGGAAAUGAAGGAAAUUCACGCUCUAUCAAUAAAGAAAGCUCUGACCCCUGAGCAGUGGAAACAACAGCAAGAGCCUGAAAAAUCUAAUACUGCUGCUUAGAAUGUUGUUGUAAGUAGUCAAGACAUUCAGAAAGUUUCCUUCCCUCCACCAAGCAAAACGUCAUGGAAUUAUGAAUAUGUCUUGGGCUUAUUGAGACUUGGGACAAAGUACAUCUACCAAAAUUUUAUUUACCAUCAUUUUACUUGGUUUUUGUUUAAGAAUUUGUGAUGUGAUGUGCAUCAAGAAUUGCAUGGCAGAAGUGGCCCGAGUUUUUUAUUAUUUACAGAAUCCAACUGUUUUAAGGGUA